AUCGCGGGGGGCGGGGUUUAAAUCCUGUCUCAUCGGGGUUGUCUUGUCGAAGCAGAUUCAUUUUCCAGUGAAUCAGUGAGACAAGAAACAACCUGCGGACAUGUCCGACACGACAGAGGACAGAUGUGAAGGAAGUGCUGGGAAAUGCAGCAAAAUAACCACAGACAGGGCGGCGUGCACGGAGAAUCUAACAGAGACUGAUGCCUUCAUCAGGAGCUCUUUAGCUCUGGAUCCUGCAGAGGAGUACAAGAUGAACAACAAACGACGGGGACUCGCCAUCAUCUUUAACCAGGAGCGCUUCUUCUGGCGCCUCGGCUUGAAUGACAGACAUGGGACCAACGCCGACCGCUACAACCUGGAGAGGAGACUGAUAGAGCUGGGCUUUGACGUGAAGAGUUAUGAUAACUACAAAGAGAAGGAAGUCCUACAAAUAAUCAAUGAAGCUGCAGGAGCCAAUCACUCUGACGCAGACUGCUUUGUGCUCGUCUUCCUGAGCCACGGCGAGAACGACUAUGUUUACACCUACGAUGGCAAGAUCAGCAUCCAGGAGAUCACAGCCAUGUUCAAAGGAGACAAGUGCAGAAGCCUUGUAGGAAAACCAAAGAUCUUUAUACUACAGGCGUGUCGUGGAGACAAGCACGACGACCCGGUGACGGCCUGUGACGCCGUGGACAGUGAGAUAAAGACGAAUGAGGUGGUGGUGGACGCCAGCGCCGUUUACACCCUACCCGCUGGAGCCGAUUUCAUCAUGUGUUAUUCUGUGGCUGAAGGCUACUAUUCCCACCGGGAGACCAUCAACGGGUCCUGGUACGUCCAGGAUCUGUGUGAGCUGCUUCAGAAGUACGGGGACUCCCUUGAAUUCACGGAGCUGCUCACGCUGGUCAACAGGAAAGUGUCAAUGAGGAGUGUCGGCAGAGCUGCGGAUGUGAACGCACUUGGGAAGAAGCAAGUACCGUGUUUUGCUUCCAUGCUCACCAAGAAACUAUACUUCAGACCAAAAAAGUAACAGUUUCACAUCUCAGACAUUAAAUGAGCUGUUUUUUUUAAAUCAAUGCCAGGGUCUCUAGAGGGGAGAUUAAAAAAAAUCUCUUGCUUUUCUUUAGUCCUGCACUGUCUGAUGCUCAUGAACACUAUUAUUUCAAAUGCACGGAAUUAGCAGCUAAUUGACAGAUUUAGUAUUUCCAAUGAAAUCAGUGGUUAUAAAAUAACAGGAACAAUGACGAACUGAAAUGUGAAUAUUCCUGACCUUAGGCAAUCACUUAAUUCCUGAAACCUUUGCGUAAGAUUUUCUUAGUAUUUGCAUGACACAGAAUCAAGACAGUGAAAGUAUCUCAGGCAGCUCUAAGUCAGAGAGCUGAUCCACAGGUUUAUCUCAGCUGUUUAACCUGUUUUCAAACACUUAUCUGAUUUCUCAUGUAAACGCCAAAAUACACUAGACUAGAUCAGGUUAUAAUGCAAUCCAAUACAACAGCCCUAUAGUAAUUUAAGUUAAACCACCAAGACUUUGUCAUCAUAGCCACUGGUAUGUCUGAAAAUGGUAUCUUAGAAACAGCGUCAUUAUCAUUUGUCUGGUGAACUCACCUGUUUAUAAUCCUCAGCAUAGCACAUAGCACAGUUUGCAACACACUAAAGCACAGUAGGUCUGAUUAUUGAGCAGUUUGUAAAAUGAAAUUAACCAAAUUCAAGUGUUGGCUGCAAAAAAGGUUUUACAGCAAAGACCACCUCUAUAACAUCAUAAAAGUAAAAAUAUUUUUAUGAAAUAAAACAUUAACUUUUAGGGGAAACGAGCAGAGGUUCCAUUAUAUACAGCAAAUGUCAUAUUUAAUAAGUGAAUAUCCUUUAGGCCAUUAGUUACUGACUAAAUUUAUGAUUAGCUGUGAAGGAUUGGGUUUACCACUUAAGUUAAACAGUUUCCCACUGAGAGCCCUGAAUGCAUAUAUACAUAUUUACAGUCAUUUAGUAGAGUUUUCUUUCCCACAGAGAAGUAGUUUUGCCCACUCUAACUCUAUAAAAACUGCAAUGUGAUUUUUUUGUGAGGGUACUUUCUGAGACCAUAAUUCAUGGUCGUCUUGUAUUGGAUUGCAUUAUGUUGUGCUGUGUUCCUGUUAUUUCAUCCAACUGCUGUAACUCACUACACAUUUUGCACUUUCAAGAAACUGCUUUUAAACUGCAGGAUUAUCAUGGACCACAUUCUGUGUCAGCUACUUUACUUUUCAUAGCUUGCUUCUUUAAUCCAGCUUCACAGACACGUCGUCUGAUUCUCCAGCUGAUUUUCUGUUUUUCUUAACAAGCCAAAAAAACGCUAGAAUCUGACAUUACUGAAAUGUCAGGUGAGUUUUACUGUAUCCAGCGAGGCAGGUGACAUAUCAGCACCACAGCCAGUUCCAGUGAUUCUGUUCACAUCAGGGUUUAACCAUGUCUCUAUAAGCUGCAGAUGAUCCAGGCACAACGUAAACCUGCUGUUUGUUCGAACUCGCUCCAUCAAAAAAGGGAAUUCAUGUUUGUGCUGUUCUUUGUGUCGUAGCAGUUGACAGUACUAAAUUUAAUAAAUGCGUAUUUGCACCCAAAACGGCGACAAACACCAGCGUGGAAAGUACCUCAGGGAGAAGGGGUGUCCUUUAUAACAUGUACUGUGGACCUAAAACACUUUCAGCUGUGUCACAUGAUCUGUAACUCAGGAAAAACAAACCUACCAGCAAACACUGAUCCUGUAUUUUUAUGGUCUUACUGUUGUGACUUUUUACAAUAAAUUCUUUUUGUGGCUAAA